CCUCCUCGGAUGAUUGGUAGGCUUCCCUUUCAAUCCCGCUUGCAGUUCCUGGUUUUAGGAGACCUGACGGCGAGCGAUGCCCGUGCCCGACCAGGCAGUCGCCCGAACGAACGCUGGAGUCGCGUUUUCUCCCUAGUUUCCUUCGGCUUCCAAAGUCAGUUCUCCUUGGAGGCCGCUCUGGAGCCCCAUGGAACUGGGGGAGCAAAAGGAAGGAGAGGGGAACAAGACGUGGACUCCGAAGCCCCACACCAUCAUUUGCUGACAAAAACAAUGAACUUUAUAGCACCCUCCUAUGUAUGGCUCCUCUCUAAGUCUGAUUGAAUUCAAUGGGGCUUGCUCACAGGAGCUGCACAAUGAUGGAAGGAACCAGACAAGCCAGGAUUUCGCGUCCGCACAACAUAAGUGAAUCUUCCAAGGUGUACAAAUGUGCUGAUCACGCCAGCCUCGUUCUUCAGAGCUUGAAUGAACAAAGGCAGCAGGGCCUUUUCUGUGACAUCGUCCUGAUUGUAGAAGAGAACAAACUUCCUGCCCAUCGGAAUAUUUUAGCAGUCUGCAGUGACUAUUUCAACUCCAUGUUCACCAUUGGCAUGCGAGAAGCCUACCAGAAAGAGGUAGAGCUUUUUGGAUCUUCGUACACGGGUCUCAAAGCCAUAAUGGACUUCCUGUACGGCUGUGAUCUGUCCCUUGAUGGUGGAAACAUUGAUUACAUCCUGGAAAUGGCCCACUUGCUGCAGAUCUGGAAGGUGGUGGACUUCUGUUGUGAGUAUCUGGAGAACGAAGUCAACGAGGAGAACUACUUGUACCUCCAAGAGCUGGCCUCAAUCUACAGCCUCAGGCGCCUGGAUGUCUACAUUGACUCUUUCAUCCUGAGGAACUUUGGCACGCUGUCUUUCACGACGGACUUCUUGCAGAACAUUUCCACCCAGAAGCUGUGCCAGUACCUCAGCAGCAACGAGGUGCAGCAAGACUGCGAACACGACUUGCUACAGGCUGCGCUCCAGUGGCUGACGCAAUAUCCAGAACGAGAAAACGAGGCCUACCGAGUCUUGGAAAACAUCCAUUUCCCUUUGAUACCAAAGAGCGACCUGCUACACCGGGUCAAGCCAGCCGUCUGCUCCCUCCUUCCAAAGGAAAGCAACUGCGAAGGGUUUAUCGAGGAGGCCGUCCACUAUCACAACAACGUCACUGCUCAGCCGGUCCUUCAGAACAAGCGGACGGCUCUCCGUACCUGCGAGGAGAAGCUCCUUUUUGUUGGUGGGGAAGUGUCCGAACAUUGUCUGGAGCUGAGUGAUGACACCUGCUUCCUGGACACCAGAACAGGACAAUGGGUGAGGGAGACACCGCUACCCGCCAGGCGGAGCCAUCACUGUGUUGCAGUCCUAGGAGGUUUCAUCUUUAUCGCUGGAGGUAGCUUUUCACGAGACAAUGGUGGAGACGCAGCCUCUAAUCUUCUAUAUAGGUAUGACCCUCGUUGUAACCAGUGGAUAAAGCUUGCCUCCAUGAGGCAACGUCGAGUGGACUUCUACCUGGCAGCCGCCGAAGACAGGUUGUUGGCUGUUGGUGGACGGAAUGAAAACGGGGCCCUUUCGUCGGUUGAGAUCUAUAGCCCAGCAAAAGAUGCGUGGUCCUAUGUGGCAGGCCUGCCGAGGUUUACCUACGGGCAUGCUGGUGCUGUCCACAAUGAAUUUGUUUAUAUCUCGGGAGGCCACGAUUACCAAAUCGGCCCCUAUCGCAAAAACUUGCUCUGCUACGACUAUCGUACCGACGUGUGGGAAGAGAAGAGGCCAAUGAUCACUGCACGGGGCUGGCACAGCAUGUGCACCCUGGAAGAUCACAUCUACUCCAUUGGCGGCAGCGACGACUACCUCGAAACGAUGGCCCGUUUUGACAUUUUGGGGGUGGAGUCUUACAGCCCACAGUGUAACCAGUGGACAAGAGUCGCACCCUUGCUACAAGCCAACAGUGAAUCUGGCGUGGCCACGUGGGAAGGCAAGAUCUACAUCCUUGGUGGCUACAGCUGGGAAGACACCAUUUUCUCCAGAAUGGUCCAGGUGUACGACAAAGACAAAAACAAGUGGCAGAAAGGGACAGAUCUUCCCAAAGCGAUUGCUGGGGUUUCGGCUUGUGUGUGUGCAUUAAAACCCCAGUCAGAUGACAAGAAGAAAAAAUCCAAAGCAAAGCGAUGUCAGGAUCGAGGGAGAUGACAGAUCUUGGACUCCUCAGUUGUAGGGGACAAAUGCAUACCAAAUCUCUGGCCAAAAAUCCAAUUGCAUACUUCUGCCGGCAUAAAGCAAAGAGCGUAACUCACAGCAGCUUCUUGCUGCUAAUUAAGGAAUCCUGACUUGGGUGUAUAUCCAACCCACUGGACUGGAGCGUGCUCAGAAAUCAAAGCAGGGAUUCAUUAAUUAACAGCAAGAGGCAACUGCAAGUUAGGCCGUUUGCCUUCCACGGCCAUGACCACACAUUAAGAUUUAACUAUUCCUUCUUUUUCUUUUUCCUCCUAUUUUCAAAGAACAGUUUUGGAAACCUGAAUGUCUUUCCCCACCACUGUGGUCUACAUUUUCAGUGGAUACUGAGCAGUGUAACCCUUCUGAUCCUUGGGAUCAAUGCUCUGUGUGAUGGACACAGAGAAGGUGUGAUUGUAGGAAGUUAAACAUCUGUUGGAAAGGAAAGGAAAAGGCUGACGAAUUUUGUGUGUGUGUGUGUGUGUGUGUGUGUGUGUGUGUGUG